CAUAGGCCAAUUGAUUGAUGUAAUGUAGUAUCAUUAUUGGUAGCCAAGCUAUGGUCACUAUCAAUGUCGGCACCGAGACCAAGCAAACAUUCCUCGUUCACAACGAACUACUUGCUCUCUAUUCUGAAUACUUCCAUGAUGUAUUUUCGGGUCGUAUCAAGCAAGAAGUGAAGGAGGAAGUCAAGCAAGAGACGAAGCCAAAAAUCAAGCAAGAAGCCAAGGAAGAGACCACAAGAGAUGCUGUAAGACAGGGUAACGCAGUGGAUUUAGUUCGCCAAUUGGGUAGUCCCUCUCCAGAGCCGCGGUCCUUCGUCGACUUAUCAGGAGAUCCCAUGCACUUAGACAAUAAGUCAAUCGGCGCAUCCCUCAGACCAUCUCGGCCCAAUAUCUCAGACGAACCGAAGUCCUACAACUUACCAAACAUCAAACCCUCCCAGUUCGCCCAAUUCGUAUCCUACAUCUAUGCCGGCCGUAUCAUCGACGCUUUUGAACCUUUGAUCAUGGCUACCGAAAACAAUUCUGUCGAAGCACUCUGGUACGUCGGACAAACACUUCGCUCUCCCAGCUUCCAGAACAACCUUCUCGAAGGACUUCGCACUUCCCAACCCGUCAAAUCCGGCGACUGGCCUUCCGUCGAAGACAUCGAGAUUGUCUACGACUUAGAAAAGAAGCCCGAGCCCGGAGUUGGAAAUGGAGGUGAGAGCCUCUUCAAGAAGUUCAGCAUUCAUUGUCUCGCAGCCAACAACCCAUUUGAUCGUUACGAAGUUGAGAGCUCUGAGGGCCAAGGAUGGAAUAAACUCAUGUUUGACAAGGAGAAGGAAGUUUUCAAGGACUUCAUCCUGGCGGGUAAUCGAUGGGACACGAAGCCAUGGGAGGAUAAGGAGAGGGGUAAAUACAUGGUUGAUGAGGAUAGUUUGGAAGAGCGUUGGGAGAGAAUGAUUCUUGCUAGGCGGGGUGAAGGUGGUGUCAAAAAAGCUGCGGCGGCUGGAGAUGUCGGAGCGAAGUUGGAGGAGGAACAUCUGGAGGCCGAGAAGAAGAGGUUGGGGUAUGCGAGGUGGGGUGGACAAGACUUUGAGAUUGAGAUUGAGGACUCUGACGAGUGAGUGGCCAUCGGGAGGUGUGAAUGGGAGACAUUAUUAGUAAGUAUUGAUUCGGGAGUGGAGCAAUAAUUCGCG